AUUAUGGCAUCCAUUGUUGCAAUCUUGAGCUCAGUUCUCAUAUUCUCUGCAUUUUCUCUAGGGAGUUCACUGAGCUUAAAUUACUACGACAAAACGUGCCCCCAUGCCGAAUCAAUCAUUGCAAAUGCUGUCAAGAACGCAGUGUCCAAAGACAAAACAGUCCCAGCAGCACUACUCCGGAUGCAUUUCCAUGACUGCUUUAUCAGGGGCUGUGAUGCCUCCUUGUUGUUAAACUCAAAAGGGAGCAACAAAGCAGAAAAAGAUGGGCCACCCAAUGUUUCCGUGCAUGCAUUUUAUGUCAUUGACAGUGCAAAGAAAGAGCUAGAAACUUGGUGCCCUGGCGUGGUCUCCUGUGCUGAUACUUUGGCUCUUGCAGCAAGGGAUGCCGUUGUUCUAUCUGGGGGUCCAAGUUGGGAUGUACCCAAAGGAAGAAAAGAUGGGAGAACAUCAAAGGCUAGUGAGACAAUUACAAUGCCAUCUCCUGCCUUCAACAUAGCUCAACUGCAGCAAAGCUUCUCUCAGAGAGGUUUGUCUAUGGAUGAUCUAGUGGCUCUUUCAGGAGGGCAUACUCUAGGGUUUUCCCACUGCUCUUCCUUCCAAAGCAGAAUCCGCAACUUCAAUGCCACGCACGACAUCGAUCCCUCAAUGCAUUCAUCAUUUGCAGCAAGCUUAAGGGGUGUUUGUCCAAUAAAAAACAAGCCAAAGAAUGCUGGAACGACCAUGGAUCCUUCUUCAACAACCUUCGAUAACACCUACUUCAAGAUGAUCCUCCAAGGGAAGGGCCUCUUCUCUUCCGACCAAGCCCUGCUCAGUAAUCCAAAAACCAAGGAGUUGGUUUCCAAGUUUGCCGGCUCACAGGAAGCUUUUAGAAAGGCCUUUGUCAACUCUAUGAUCAAGAUGAGCAGCAUCACAGGUGGGCAGGAGAUCAGGAAGGAUUGUAGGGUGGUAAAUUAAUGAUAGAUUGUUAAUUAGCAUAAAUCGUUCAUUAAUCUAAACCAUGAAAGCUAGCUCAGUAAUCUUGGAUUUGCCAAAAUAGAUAGACAAGAGGCGAAA